AUGUCAGGCUCCUGGUACAGCAAGGGUAUCCUGGCGGCUGAUACCAGAGCACAGAGAGGUGGAGAUUAUGGCACCAUUAAGAAAGUGCGGGCACCCCUGAAUCAGACCUCGGGCAGCUGUUUGCUAGAAGAGAUCGAGCUCUUCCCCGAGAGGCGGAGAGAGCCCAUCCGGAGCCUGCAGAUACUCCACAGCCAGAGCGUCCUGUUCGUGGGCCUGCAGGAACAUGUAGCCAAGAUCCCUCUGAAGAGGUGCCAGUUCCACCACUCGCGCAGUACCUGCAUUGGAGCCCAGGACCCUUACUGCGGCUGGGACGUGGUGAUGAAGAAAUGCACAAGCCUGGAGGAGAGCUUGAGCAUGACGCAGUGGGAGCAGAGCAUCUCUGCCUGUCCGACCCGGAACCUUACGGUGGAUGGACACUUUGGCACAUGGUCUCCAUGGACGCCCUGCACUCACACGGAUGGCAGCACUGUGGGGUCCUGCCUCUGUCGAUCCCGCUCCUGUGACAGCCCAGCCCCACAGUGUGGUGGCUGGCCAUGUGAGGGUCCCAGCAUGGAGAUCGCCAACUGUUCCAGAAAUGGAGGCUGGACCCCCUGGACUUCGUGGUCUCCCUGCAGCACCACCUGUGGGAUUGGCUUCCAGGUGCGCCAGCGCUCCUGCAGCAACCCCACUCCCCGGCACGGAGGUCGGGUGUGCGUGGGACAGAACCGCGAGGAAAGAUACUGCAAUGAACAUUUGCUGUGUCCCCCACACAUGUUCUGGACGGGCUGGGGUCCUUGGGAACGGUGCACAGCCCAGUGCGGGGGCGGCAUUCAAGCUCGCCGCCGGACCUGCGAGAAUGGGCCUGACUGUGCAGGCUGCAAUGUGGAGUACCAGCCUUGUAACACCAACCCAUGUCCUGAACUAAAGAAGACCACACCCUGGACACCCUGGACACCUGUCAACAUCUCGGACAACGGUGGCCACUACGAGCAGCGGUUCCGAUACACAUGCAAAGCCCGCCUACCUGAUCCAAAUUUGCUGGAAGUGGGAAGACAGAGAAUCGAAAUGCGAUACUGUUCUAGUGAUGGAACCAGCGGCUGCUCCACAGAUGGUCUUUCUGGUGAUUUCCUGCGGGCUGGGAGAUACUCUGCCCAUACCGUCAACGGGGCUUGGUCAGCCUGGACGUCCUGGUCACAGUGCAGCCGUGACUGCAGCAGGGGCAUUCGGAACAGGAAGCGUGUUUGCAACAACCCGGAACCCAAGUAUGGGGGGAUGCCUUGUCUGGGUCCAUCUCUGGAAUACCAGGAAUGCAACAUUCUGCCCUGCCCGGUGGAUGGCGUGUGGUCUUGCUGGUCUCCCUGGUCAAAAUGCUCAGCCACGUGUGGCGGUGGACACUAUAUGAGGACCCGCUCCUGCACAAAUCCAGCCCCGGCCUAUGGAGGGGACAUCUGCCUGGGGCUGCACACGGAAGAGGCGCUCUGCAACACACAGCCCUGCCCAGAGAGCUGGUCUGAGUGGUCAGACUGGUCUGAGUGUGAAGCCUCUGGCGUCCAGAUCCGCACCCGCCAGUGUAUUCUUCUCUUCCCCGUGGGCAGCCAGUGUUCUGGGAAUACCACAGAGAGCCGGUCAUGUGUUUUUGACUCGAAUUUCAUCCCAGAAGUGUCUGUGGCGAGAUCCAGUAGUGUGGAAGAGAAGAGGUGUGGAGAGUUCAACAUGUUCCACAUGAUCGCAGUGGGACUGAGCAGCUCCAUCCUCGGCUGCCUCCUGACCCUGCUCGUCUACACCUACUGCCAGCGGUACCAGCAGCAAUCCCACGACGCGACUGUCAUCCACCCUGUCUCGCCUGCCCCACUCAACACCAGCAUCACUAACCACAUCAACAAGCUGGACAAAUAUGACUCGGUGGAGGCCAUCAAGGCAUUCAACAAAAACAACUUGAUCUUAGAGGAAAGAAACAAAUACUUCAACCCACAUCUCACUGGGAAGACCUAUUCUAACGCCUACUUUACGGAUCUCAAUAAUUAUGAUGAGUAUUAAUAGCUCUUCUAUUUUUGGCUUCUUGUAAAUCCCCAGUUCCUCAAGGCCCGUGCCCCCUGACUGUCCAUGUUUCUGAGGCUUCAGAGAUGAAGUUUGGAUACAUUUCAAGUGCAUUUCAAGCUAUGAGUGUCCCUUUGCUGCCAAGAAAACACAUUCUUAAAACCAAUACAAAUCUAAAUAUGACAUCAUGAAAAUCUGCUCUGUAAUACUCAAUCAUUGUUGAAUGAACCAUGAUGUGAAGUUUUUAAUUGUAUUCAGCCCAUUUCUCUAACAAGUGCAUUGUGGGUUUUUUUAUUUUUUUGAGCUUUAUUUUUAAAAUGUGCCACCUGUAUUGGAAGGAGUGUUUACAGAUAUGACUGUCUUCUUGUUUUUGAGUGUAAAAUCUUCAUGAUGUUUUCAUUCAAGAAAAUAGGUGCUUUACCCAAGAGCCCCCCCCUUUACAAGUGUGUGUAGGUCCAUAAUAUUUGGUAAAAUGGGAAAAAAUGAAUGUGACCAAUUAUUCACCAUGAAUUUUUCAUCUUCUCCAAUCUGGAUAAUGCUUUGGGAUUCUUGGAAGCAGCUUGGGCUUUGGACUUGAGAUGAUUCUUGCAUGGAGAAGCCCAGAGAUCUCACCUGGCUUGCAGCUGCAGAGGUGACAGUCAGCUGUGCCCAUCUUGGUUCCAAUACAGUUUCUGUGCCAUUGCUGGUGGAGGGAGCACAGGGAGCAGAGGUGCAGAUGUGUGAAGCGUGGGCGUGUCCUGUUGGUCGCUGUGAAACCAGCCUUAUUCUGACUUUGGGAUUUCAUGGCAUUCCAGGGGGGCUUCUGGCUGCACCACUGGCCUGGAAGCCCAACUGUCUGGUCCAGAGGAACGUCUUGAAGAGCCAGUCUGUAAAAUAACCACUUGUUUAGCUUUUGGAUACCCUCCAUACCUCCUCUCUCCCCACCAAGAGAAACCUUGAACAUUUAUGAUACCAAUUAGGGAAAGUAUUGAAAGUACUGAACUAUAACUGAAAACAACUUUCUUAUUUUUCAUGUUGUGGAAAAUAUUGAAAGAACUGAUAUUAAUGAAAAGCAACUUUUAUUUUCCAUCUCCCUGAUAUAACUAAUGUGUGAUAUCAGCCCCUACCAAGGGCAUUAAUGACAUGCAGAACUGGCUUUCUGAAUCCUGUUGGAUCUGUGUGAAAUGCACCCCCCACCCCAGUGCCACGCUAUCCCUUGAUGCCCCAAGCCAGGCAGGAGGAGACACCCGGCUCUGGUGCCUUUUCUUUUGUCUCAGUGCUGCCUUCCCCAUUCACCCAAAACACCCUAUUCCACUUCUCCUACAUGAAGGCAUGAAGGUACAUCUCAAGAUGCACAUUGAGAUGUCAGGGUGCUGGAAGUAAGGCUUUUAAUAAUCCUGUGGUCUCAACAUUGAUCACUGAUAAGCAUUUCUGUGUUAUAACACCCACUCAUAGAAGUCCCUAUGGGGGGGAAAAAUAUAUACAUUUCUCAUAAACAACUGAUGCAUAACAUGUGGCAGUUGUCUGAGUUACAGGUAAGAACAAGAUGGAAAAUGUUCAUGUGAUACCUCUAAGCAUGUGAUAAAGGCCUGGGCAGACAGGAAACAUGUUCUUACUAAUAAAUGAAACUUCAGAUUUGAAAAACAUAUAGUAGGGGUAUUGAGCAACACAAAAUUUUAUUAGCAUUCAUGUUACCCUAUCCAGUUUAAAGUUACAAUGUCAAAGUUUUGAAAAAAAAAAAUCCUAGGUUUAAUAGUUAAUAUCCUUGAAUUCAAAAUAUUCUCAUGCACCCACAUUUGCAGACAUGACACUGUAUUAAAAUGGCAGGUGGUCUCUGGAAGGUCUGUUAGCUUGCAAAUAAAUGACAUUCAGCAUCUUUCCAGGGGGGACUUCCUGUUGCCUCUCAUGCUUGCCUCACAUGCAGCAUAAGAGUCCUCUGUGUGUGUACACAUACUCAAAGUCCACACUCAAUAGGGGAAAUUUAGCCAGAUGAUUUUCUAAUUGUUCCUGGGCUGGAUUUUCUUUAGAUAUUUCAAACUCAUCACUGUCUUGUAAGAAAAAUAUUCUCUCUAUAUAGUGCAUUUUAGUUGUUUUCAAUCCCCUCCCCAAUAUUUUCUAAGCUUAAAAAUACAUUUUAUUUUCCUGGGGGAAAAGGAUACUAAUAUUUCACGAAUGUGCCACUGGAAUUUUUGGGAAAUGGUUUCUGAAUGAGACCCAAGCCAGUCUUUAAUCGAUCUUAUGCAAUGACUGGCAAAAACACCCCUC